AGGGUGGGUAAAAUUAACAGAAAUAUCUCGUUCAACUUAAAGAGAGGAAGAACAGAGACGUGUGGCCGACGAUGCAGAAAAACACGAAGAGCCAGAUCGAGUCGUCACUCCUACUGGGAGGCCAAGCUUUAAGGAAACGUUUUCCUAUGAAGUACGGAUGGCUCGUUCUGUUGUUGGCUGUUGUUGUCUUAUGGGUCAUGUUUAGCAAUCCCAAAGUCGCUGAUCACAUAGCCGGUAAAUUAGCAGAGUUGAAGAAGAAAGUCCCGACCACUGAGGCUCUGAUUCCCACCACCAGAACUCUGAAACGUCCCACUGAGCCUCCUAAGCCAACCAGUUUCUGCUCCUUCCACUCUGUGUUACCUGAAGACGCUCUUGAGUUAGAAUUUUUAAAGAACUACAUCACCUGGCCUGAAACACCAUCUGUCCCAGCCAACUUCUGCCUGAAUGACACCAGUCAUCCCGCUCACAGCACGUUCACCAUUCUUCCACGUGACGGAGGGGGAAGUUGGCAUGUUGGUGAUCAGCUGGAGGUUUUGAUCAAAAUUAAUGACUUUCUUGGUCGCCCCAAGAAAUCUGGCGGAGACGUCCUGUUUGCUCGGCUGCACAACCAAACUGUUCAGGCAGGCGUGGUGGGGAAAGUCUUUGAUCAUCGCAACGGUUCCUACACGGCUGUAUUCUCUUUACUCUGGGAAGGAAGCGCUCAGGUUGAGGUGACCCUGGUCCACUCCAGUGAGGCAGUCACAGUCCUAGAGAGAGUCAACUUGGAAAAGCCUGGCAGGAUUUUUUUUCAAAGCCUCUUCCGCUCAGGCUCGGUCACUGAGGAUGCCAAUUGUAACGUGUGCCUUAAGGCACCCCCGGAGCAGCUGUGCAACUUCACUGACACCCACACCGGUGAGCCCUGGUUCUGCUACAAGCCAAAGACGCUCAAAUGUGAACACAGGGUCACCCACGCUUUCAAAGGUUUUGUACCGCAUCCAACAGGCAACGAGGCCAAGCUCUUUCAAAGUGGUGUCAACUUGAAAGUCUCCAUUCCGUCUUCAGGAUCCUCCAAAAUCACCAUUUUACCAAAACUAAAAGUUCCCAAUGAAACAGUCCCUGUUAACAUGUCAGAAGCCAUGAGAGGAGCUGGUCCUGUUGGUUAUUACUACCAGGGUGUGUGGCGAGCACUAGACGGCACCACAGUCCGUCAGUUUAACAACGCCACAGCAAUCAGCCAGUGUCUGAAAGGGAAGGUUCUCCAUCUGUAUGGAGACUCCACCGUCAGGCAGUGGUUUGAAUUCUUAAUAGCUAAAGUUCCAGAUCUCAAGAAGUUUGACCUGAAAACCCCCCCAAAAACUGGGCCCCUUAUGGCCUUGGAUUAUAAAAACAACAUUUUAUUGACGUUCCGCUGCCACGGCCCUCCCCUCCGUGCUCCUCUAUUGCCGGUCAGCCAGUUCCACUUUGUUGCCAACGAACUGGACAGCGUGGUUGGAGGAACAAACACUGUAGUCAUUUUUGGCGUCUGGGCACACUUUGGCGUUUACCCUGUGGAGGUCUACAUCCGACGUCUGCUGAGCAUAAAGAGGGCAGUGGUGCGGCUGUUGACCAGAGCUCCAGGUACUCUGGUUAUCAUCAGGACUGGUAAUCCCAAAAAGCUGACGCUAUACGAGUCACUGACCACUGACGAUUACUACGCAUUGCAACGAGACAAGAUACUCAGAGCAAUAUUCAAAGAAGUUAAUGUCCGACUGCUGGACGCGUGGGAGAUGACCCAGGCUCACUACCUUCCACAUGACCUCCACCCACCUCAACCCAUAAUUAAGAAUAUGAUAGAUGUUAUUUUGUCCCACAUAUGCUCCCAGAGGUGAAAUUUAAAGACACAUGGAAGAAGUAGAAGACUGUAGAUCUGUGUGGUAGAUCUGGUAACUAUUGGUGAUUGGUAACACAUACUUACCGUUUGACUUUUGACACAAACAAAUCCAGCUGUACGGAAGAGGGGAAAAAAUAUUAACAAAAAGAAGCAGAUGCAGGGUUUGUGUUUUAUGGGAAAUGUAAGGACACUUUAUGGUGUAUCAAAGCUUUUGUUCCAUUAAAUAUUCAAUAAAAGAACAUAACCAUAA